GGACGUAAUAAGAGUGUAUGUGUGUAAUUUAGAAUAUGGCGAGAAAGCGUUUUCUGUCUGCGAUCAUUCCUACACUUGAUAAAAAAAAGAGUUUCAUUUCUAGUUGUAGCAUUUAAUGCAAUUCGUUCAUUUUGUGUAACUUCAUUAGGAUUAGGAUGGAUCUACCACCACCACCAAAAGAUACGGGGCUUCGUAACAUUAUCGAUAAACUAGCUGAAUUUGUGGCCAGAAACGGUCCGGAAUUCGAGUCAAUUACCAAAGUGAAGCAACAAGGAAAUCCGAAAUUCAGUUUCUUAUAUGGCGGCGAACACUACCAUUACUAUCAAUGGAGAACCGAACAAGCGAUUUUGAAACAACAAGGCUCAAUCUCACAGGCACAAAAUCUGCAGCAACCAUCACUAGCUAGUGGAACGAAUCCGAUGAUGACCACCAGUAUGCCCAAUCAAGUAAUGCCGAAUCAAAUGUGGAACAACGGACCGGUGAAUCAUGGCACUGGCACUGGCAAUGCCAAUCCGAUGGGCACAUCUAUUGCACAAUUGGAAUCGCUUAAUUUGCAACAAAUAACGCUACGUGAACAGAUUGUUCAGUCUGAACAGAAUUUGACCGCACAGCAUGGGGUUCUGCUGCAGCAACAACAAUCCCAAAUUGAUGAUGCAAUUCUGAAAGCACAGCACGAUGCUCUGGUGAACUUGGCAGACGAUAACAAUAUCCGGUUGGCCGAAUUCGAUGCGAUAUUACAGCCAAUCAUUGAGUCAUGCACGAAAGACAGCAUAUCAGCAGGAAAAAACUGGAUUUUACAGCAUACAACUGAUCCAUCAAAAUGCAAUGUUAUAUUGCAAUACCUUUUAAAGAAGGCAUUGGCUACUGGCGCACCAUUUACUCAAAAAUUGUAUCUGAUCUAUUUAGUAAAUGAUGUACUUCACCAUUGCGCCCGUAAACGAGCUGACGAUUUAAAGAACAAUUUGGAGAAUAUCGUCAUUCCGAUGUUCUGCAGCGGUCAAUUAGUUGCGAAUGACGAUCAACAAGCUAAAUUAACCAAACUGUUGUCGCUGUGGGAAUCCAAAGCGAAUUUCUUUGACGCGUGUGUAAUAUCGAAAUUACAAGCGCCCGCUUCGUCGAUGCAAGAGUACAAAGAGAAUCUGAGGAAAACGUAUGCAACGGUUGUGCAAGGGAUCACACAAAAUACAACCACAACAUUCGAAAGUUAUAAACAGCAACACCAAGCGUUUGUUCAACAUGCCACACAGCAAAUAGCUUUAAUUGAAUCACAGAAACAGGCACUCGAACAGCAAGCCGGCCAGAAAGUGGCCCAAAAUCAAAUACCUCCGUUAAUGCCUCCCGGCGUCGAUUUGAAGCCGAUAAACAAUCAAAAUUAUCCCAACAAUAGCCUGAAUAAUGGCAGUUCCAUCGGGCCGGCAAAUAAUCUGAUUGCGAGUCGAAACGACCGAUCGUCCGGUCCGCCACCGCUGAUGAGUCAGCAAGUUAGCAUGCCCGGAAUGAAUAUUCCAGCACAAUCGCCAACGAUGAAUACGUACAAUAACAAUGGAAACAGCAGCAACCUUGACCUGAGCAGCUUUACGAACCCUGAUCCACCGUCAAGUCUGUUCAACAUGCAACAAAAUUCAAACUCAUCGAAUUUUGCACUGCCACCACCAAGCUUUCUCAUUCCUGAUUUGUCGAAACCACCGCCCGGAUUCUCGAAUCCUCCAGCACCAGAAGUCGUUAUCGAAGAAGUUGUUCCUUCAGCUCCAUAUUACGAACUACCUGCCGGUUUAAUGGUGCCGCUGAUUCGACUAGAAGACUGUAACUAUCGACCGUUAGAUCCGGACGAUUUACGAUUGCCGCCACCAAUGCAGCCGAGCGAACGAUUGCUCAGUGCCAUUGAAGCAUUCUACUCGUUACCGAGUCACGAUCGUCCGCGAGAUGGUGAGGGAUGGGAAAAGCUCGGACUCUACGAAUAUUACAAAGUCAAGAAUGCCGCCAGAAAGGAGAAAGAAGAAGAAAUUGAGAAAGGCAUCAGAGAUCGAUCACGUUCGCCCAGUCCAAUUAUCAUAGAAAUUCCAAAAAUGAAUAAACUGAACAAGAGACGCUAUCGAUCAAAGAGUCGCAGUAAGAGCAGAUCAAAGUCCCGAUCACGUUCUAAAUCUCCAGAAAUGGUACGGAGAAGUCGCAAAUCGAAUCGAUUUUCUCGUUCACCGAAAAGAUCCAGCCCAAGCCAUUCGAGACGCAGUAGCAUAAGUCCUCCACAUAAACGUGACCGAGACAGAGAUCGCAAAGAACGAGCAUCGUCCAGAUCUCCUCCGCCGAGUUUUUUUUCUGGAAAGCAGCCGAACGACUGCAUCGAAGAAAGUAACAAAGGACAUCAAAUGUUAAUGCGAAUGGGUUGGGGCGGAUCUGGCACAGGACUUGGAUCGCAUGGACAGGGUAUUGAUACACCGAUUUCCGGUGGAGAAGUUCGUGAUCGACAAGAUCAAUUCAAGGGCGUCGGUAUAAAUCUGAAUGAUCCGUACGAGAAUUUCCGGAAGAAUAAGGGUGCCGCCUUCAUUCACAGAAUGCGUUCAAGGGAUCACGAUAGGAAGAGUAAAAAUCAUUCACCCGAGCCGAAAUGAGAAUGUUUUGGUUCUGGACAUCACACAUCCAUAUGCUUUGCAACUAAUGUCACGGAGCAAGUGCAGUGUGCCAGAGAGCCAACCCAAGAUGGCAUCCAAUAAAACUGUUGAAAACUAACACAAAAAUUGAAAUAAAAAGAAAAUAAUUUUUUUAGAAA